UUAAUCUACCUAGUCUGGAACGCUCUAUUUUCUACUACUACACUCUUUUUUUCCCCUCAGCUUCUUUUUGUUUGAGAUUUAUGAUAAUGGGUACUGGGGAAGUAAGGAGAUGGAUAGUGGUGUAUGUAGUAGUGGUGCUUUUAGGGGGAUAUUAUUAUUAUGGGGUAAAAGCACAACAAGUGCCUUGUUAUUUUAUAUUUGGUGAUUCUUUGGUGGAUAAUGGGAAUAACAACAAUAUUCAGUCUUUGGCUAGGGCUAAUUACUUGCCUUAUGGUAUAGAUUAUCCUGGUGGUCCAACUGGGAGGUUCUCUAAUGGCAAAACUACUGUUGAUGUCAUCGCUGAACUUUUGGGGUUCGAGGAUUAUAUUCCACCCUAUGCAGCUGCAAGGGGUGAAGACAUUCUCAAAGGUGUUAAUUAUGCAUCUGCUGCUGCUGGAAUUAGAGAAGAAACUGGCCAGCAAUUGGGAGCGAGGAUUACGUUUGGUGGUCAGGUAAAUAAUUACAGGGACACAGUGCAACAAGUGGUGCAAAUACUUGGAGAUGAAAAUUCUGCUGCUAAUUAUUUAAGCAAGUGCAUUUACUCAAUUGGACUGGGCAGCAAUGAUUAUCUCAAUAAUUAUUUUAUGCCCCUGUAUUAUUCCACUAGCAGACAAUUCAAUCCUGAGCAAUAUGCUGAUGUUCUUAUUCAACAAUACACCCAACAAUUAAAGACUUUGUACGACUAUGGAGCAAGGAAGUUUGUCUUAAUUGGAGUGGGCCAAAUUGGUUGUAGCCCAAAUGCUCUGGCCCAAAACAGUGCUGAUGGGAGAACUUGUGCAGAAAAUAUAAAUGCUGCAAACCAGCUAUUCAACAGUAGGCUAAGGGGUCUUGUGGAUGAAUUCAACAGCAAUACACCAGAUGCCAAAUUUAUCUACAUUAAUGCUUAUGAUAUCUUCCAAGAUUUAAUUGACAAUCCUUCAGCAUUUGGAUUUAGAGUGACGAAUGCUGGAUGUUGCGGAGUAGGAAGGAACAAUGGGCAAAUAACAUGUCUUCCACUACAAAAUCCAUGCCCAAAUAGGAAUGAAUACCUAUUUUGGGAUGCAUUUCAUCCAGGUGAAGCUGCAAAUAUAGUUGUUGGGAGAAGAUCAUACAGAGCUGAAAGAUCAUCAGAUGCUUACCCCUUUGAUAUUCAGCAUUUAGCUCAACUCCCUAGUUUUAAAGCUAAGAGUCUCAAAAUGGGUAGUGAGAUGAGGAUGAGAUAUAUAUUGGUGGUGGUUUUAGGGUUGAUAAGCUUGGGAGAUUAUUUUGGAACAAAUGCACAGCAAGUUCCUUGUUAUUUCAUAUUUGGUGAUUCUUUGGUGGAUAAUGGGAAUAACAACAAUAUUCAGUCAUUGGCUAAGGCUAACUACUUGCCUUAUGGUAUUGAUUUCCCUGGUGGUCCAACUGGGAGAUUCUCUAAUGGAAAAACUACAGUUGAUGUCAUUGCGGAACAACUGGGGUUCAACGGCAAUAUUCCACCCUAUUCAUCUGCUAGGGGCAGAGACAUUCUCAGAGGUGUCAAUUAUGCUUCUGCAGCUGCUGGAAUUAGAGAUGAAACUGGCAGACAACUGGGAGGAAGGAUCAGUUUUUCUGGACAAGUGAAUAAUUACAGGAACACAGUGCAACAAGUGGUGCAAAUAUUAGGAAAUCAGAAUGCAGCAGCUGAUUAUCUUAAAAAGUGCAUUUACUCAGUUGGGCUUGGUAGCAAUGACUAUCUUAAUAAUUAUUUUAUGCCUCUUUCUUACUCCACUAGUAGACAAUUCACUCCUGAUCAAUAUGCUAAUGUUCUUAUUCAACAAUAUACUCAGCAACUAAAGAUUCUAUACAGCAAUGGAGCAAGGAAGUUUGCCUUGAUUGGAGUGGGCCAGAUAGGGUGCAGCCCAAAUGCAUUGGCCCAAAACAGCCCAGAUGGGAGAACUUGUGUACAAAGAAUCAAUGUAGCAAAUCAGUUAUUCAACAACAAACUCAAGGCACUUGUUGAUAACUUGAAUGGAAAUACACCUGAUGCAAAAUUCAUUUACAUUGAUGCUUAUGGAAUUUUCCAAGAUUUAAUUGAAAAUCCUGCUGCCUUUGGAUUUAGAGUGACGAAUGCUGGAUGUUGUGGAGUAGGGAGGAACAACGGCCAGAUUACGUGUCUUCCUUUCCAAAGACCAUGCAUAAAUAGAAAUGAAUAUCUAUUUUGGGAUGCAUUUCAUCCAACUGAAGCUGCAAAUAUAGUUGUUGGGAGGAGAUCAUAUAGAGCUCAAAAGUCAUCUGAUGCAUAUCCUUAUGAUAUUAGUCGCCUAGCUCAAGUUUGAUUAAUUAUCAAAUACUAUCUAUCUUCGUUACAAAUAUUAAUUAUUGUGGAAUUGACAUCUUUAAUUACUAUAAGAUGUAAUCAUAAGUGUUUAAUAUUUUUGAUAAAAUGUUGUAUUUCCAGUCCCCCACUUUUUAAUGAAGAAUUUUGUUAUGAGUA